GUGCCAGAGCCAGGACCACUGGGAGUCUCUGCAAGCGCAACAACCGCCGACACGCCGAGAAGAAGAACGAGUUUCUUUAUUUCUUUUCCACAGUGUGCGUGGGGGGAGCAGGGCUAUGACACGCGUAUAAAGAGCCCCAAAGUACAGUGCUAACGCAGGCGGAUCUUUGUUUUAUUCCCCCCAAAAGAUGAGUAAAGACUCAAAGUGCCUGCGACAGCUCGGUGCGACUCUGCUCUUCCUAGUCCUGUGCGCCGAGGUACAGCGAUCCGACUCUGCGGCUUGCCAUGGAUGUGCAGGAUCCAAAUGUGACUGCAGUGGAGUAAAAGGAGAGAAGGGUGAAAGGGGUUUCCCAGGUUUGACGGGACAGCCAGGCGUCCCAGGAUUCCCUGGACCAGAAGGACCAAUUGGGCCCAGAGGAGAGAAGGGAAGUGAUGGACCUCAAGGACCAGGCGGUCCAAAAGGAAUUAGAGGGCCUCCAGGAACACCAGGAUUUCCAGGAACACCAGGACUUCCAGGUCUACCCGGGCAGGAUGGUCGUCCAGGUCCAAGAGGAGUGCCGGGUUGCAAUGGGACAAAGGGUGAGAGGGGUUUCCCAGGAAGUCCAGGAAUCCCUGGGCAGCCAGGACUUCAAGGUCCACCUGGUCUGCCAGGACAAAAGGGAGACCCAGGUGAUGUUAUCUCCACCAAUCGUUUCGGAGAGAAGGGAGCAGUGGGUUUACCCAGUUUGCCAGGAGGUCCUGGCCGACCUGGACCUCCAGGUAUACAAGGUCCGGUAGGUCCCCCAGGACCCAGAGGCUUUGAGGGUCGUCCAGGUCCUCCUGGUCCACCCGGGCCUAAGGGGAAUAUGGGUUUGAAUUUCCAAGGACCCAAAGGAGAAAAGGGAAAACCAGGCAAAGAUGGUGAUCCUGGUUCUCCAGGAUACCCAGGGCCCACUGGAGAGACAGGCCAGCCUGGUGUUCCAGGGAGGGAUGGUGAGACAGGACAAAAAGGUGAUCGUGGAUUCCCGGGUCCACCAGGGCAGGUGAUUAACGGGCCAAUAGGGAAUCAGGUGGGGCCUAAAGGUGAGCCUGGCUUACCUGGAACACCUGGACUCAAAGGAGACAGAGGAGUACAAGGUUUCACAGGACCUCCAGGAGAACCGGGACUCCCAGGAACCGGUAGUGGGGGUUUUCCUGGACCUCAAGGUUUCCCAGGAGAGAGAGGUCAGAAGGGAGAGAUAGGCCCUCCAGGAAUCUUUCUGCCAGGCCCCCCAGGACGUGCAGGGUCUCCUGGACCCCCUGGUCCGCCAGGGCCCCGUGGACUUCCAGGCACUUCCUCAGGUCAAGACUGCAUACCAGGACUUCCUGGGGUUCCUGGUGCACAAGGAGAAAGAGGUUUCCCUGGAGAGAUAGGACAGAAAGGUGAGAAAGGUGAAACCUUUGUGAACUGCGUAGGAAGCGUCAGUCCCAUCCCUGGACCUCAAGGACCUCCAGGACCGCCUGGAUUUCUUGGACCUCCUGGCGCCCAAGGUUUCAAGGGAGACAGAGGUUUUCCAGGAACACCUGGCUCUGUCGGCCCCAGCGGUCCUCCUGGUCCUCAAGGUCCUCCCCGCCUCACUGGAGAGAAGGGAGAUCCAGGUGAUCCCAUCAGAGUUAAUGGUUUGAGGGGAGAGAAGGAUGUCACUGGCUUCCCUGGACCACCUGGUCUGCCCGGUCUGGACGGGGCGCCUGGUCGUGAUGGAGCCCCUGGGCCUCCUGGGCCUAAAGGAGCUCCUGUUUUGUUGGUGAGAGGAGAAAGAGGCCUCCCCGGUAAACCAGGUUUCCCUGGUAAUCCAGGAGACAGGGGUCCCCCAGGUGUUCCUGGCUUUGGAAAUCCAGAACCUCGUGGAGAGAAAGGUGUGCAGCGUGUCUCAGGAAGACCGGGACCUGUUGGUGCACCAGGACCAAAAGGAUUCCCAGGUGUUGCCGGGCAGCCAGGAGCCCCUGGAGGACCAGGAAGACCAGGGAUAGAUGGACGUCCCAGUGAGCCGGGAUUUCCUGGACCAAAGGGUGAACCUGGUCUUGGACUUCCUGGUCCUCCUGGUUCAACGGGUGCACCGGGACCUAAAGGUUCCAUUGGGCCUAAGGGAGAUCCUGGUUUCCCUGGUAAUUCCGGUUUGUCAGGACGGCCUGGAGCUGAUGGAGCUCCAGGAUUCAAAGAUCCUGAAGCUGUUUUGGGAAAGCUCUGGUCUGAGAGGCACCACGUUGACGUUCUGGGUUCCUUUAAUGUAACUGUGAAGGAGGGAAAAAAUGCACGACUGCCAUGUUACAUUCUAGCAACCAGGAAGACUGAAUCUGUAUGGUGGGUGAAGGACAACAAGGUUGUGUAUAAGCAGAAUUACGGAGACGACCGUAAUGGACCUGCUGUUGGCCGAGUCUCUGGGUUCCGUCUUAGAAUUUUUUUCUUAGAACUGCGUCAGGCUAAGACAGAAGAUCAGGGGGAUUAUUACUGCUACAUCCAAGAUGAAGACGGAAAGAUACGGAGGGGGUAUCGGGUGAGUGUGAAGGAUGACACUGUUAGUAGGACAGAGUACAUGUCUGUGAAUGAGAGGGAGACAGGUGGAAAGGUGAACAUGCAAGAAGCAAAGGUGGUCAAGGUACCUGAGGUCAAGCAUUCAAUCAAGGAGCACAGGAGAGGUGAAGAAGAGAGUGCGGGCAAGUGGGAGUGGGUGGAGACGAGUUACAAACCAGCCACCAUGGACCCAGCAGCAGUAAAUCCGUCCGAGGAGCUCCGGGACGACAUCGUUUACAAUGUGGAGAAUCUUCUCAGCCUGUGGCUGGAACACCCCCCGGAAGAGUUUCGCCGCGCAGUGGAAAGCCGGCUACAACGGCUCUUUUCCGGCCUGCCAUGGCUAUUGGAGUCUCUUUCCCCGACCAUGCAGGCCUUUCUCCACCUCACUCCACACCUUCUCUCCGCCACUCCUGCCUCGCUGCCCGACUCGCCGGAUGUGUUCUCGCCCGGCCCGUCGGAGCCAUCUGCGGGGAGGAAACGCCGAUCGCGCCGCCGGCGCGCCACCCCACAGCCGGUCGUUCGGACUUCUAAUUCGCCGGCUGUGUUCAUUGCCUGCUCAGCAGCCACCCUCUGCUCGGUCCCCAGUGCCUCUUUCGGCUCGGUCCCCAGUGCCUCUUUCGGCUCGGUCCCCAGUGCCUCUUUCGGCUCGGUCCCCAGUGCCUCUUUCGGCUCGGUCCCCAGUGCCUCUUUCGGCUCGGUCCCCAGUGCCUCUUUCGGCUCGGUCCCCAGUGCCUCUUUCGGCUCGGUCCCCAGUGCCCCCAGUUUCGCCUGUGGUUCAGUCUCCAGUGCCCCCAGUUUCGCCUGUGGUUCAGUCUCCAGUGCUCCCAGUUUCGCCUGUGGUUCAGUCUCCAGUGCUCCCAGUUUCGCCUGUGGUUCAGUCUCCAGUGCUCCCAGUUUCGCCUGUGGUUCAGUCUCCAGUGCUCCCAGUUUCGCCUGUGGUUCAGUCUCCAGUGCUCCCAGUUUCGCCUGUGGUUCAGUCUCCAGUGCCGCCUGUAGUUCAGGCCCCUGUGCCUCCAGUGCCACCGUUACUUGUAGUUCAGGCUCCAGCAUUACCAGCGCCUCCGUCUUCCACGCCGCCGCCCGCAGCGCCUCCGUCUUCCACGCCGCCGCCCGCAGCGCCUCCGUCUUGCACGCCGCCGCCCGCAGCGCCUCGGUCUCCGGCUCCCACGCCGCCGCCCGCAGCGCCUCCGUCUCCGGCUCCCACGCCGCCGCCCGCAGCGCCUCCGUCUCCGGCUCCCACGCCGCCGCCCGCAGCGCCUCCGUCUCCGGCUCCCACGCCGCCGCCCGCAGCGCCUCCGUCUCCGGCUCCCACGCCGCCGCCCGCAGCGCCUCCGUCUCCGGCUCCCACGCCGCCGCCCGCAGCGCCUCCGUCUCCGGCUCCCACGCCGCCGCCCGCAGCGCCUCCGUCUCCGGCUCCCACGCCGCCGCCCGCAGCGCCUCCGUCUCCGGCUCCCACGCCGCCGCCCGCCGCAGCCUCCGGCUCCCACGCCGUCGCCCGCCGCAGCCUCCGGCUCCCACGCCGUCGCCCGCCGCAGCCUCCGGCUCCCACGCCGUCGCCCGCCGCAGCCUCCGGCUCCCACGCCGUCGCCCGCCGCAGCCUCCGGCUCCCACGCCGUCGCCUGCUGCCUCAUCAUCGUCGCCUGUUCCAGCCUCGUCUGGGCCUCCGGCUAACCGGCCGUCUUCCAGGCCACUGGCCAGGCGCCAUCGCCGUCGUGGGCGGCCCCCGGACUCCUUUCGCCUGAGUCGCCACCGUUGCCGUCCGCACGGCCGGCCCCCUGAACUUUUUGGGCUCCGGUGCUCCGCUUCCUGCGCGGCCUCAUGCCGUCCAUCCUCCAGUCGACAGUCUGCCCUCUCUUCCCCUAAACGUUCCAAAAGCUGGGGUUGUUCUUCCCCGCGCUUCGUCAGCGUAAACAGUUCUUUCUUCCUUGGUCACCGCAUCCAGGGCGACAUGGGCUUGCCUGGUGACCCCGGCCAGCCAAUGAUCAAUGGCGUUGUGGAGUUUGUGGGUUUUCCCAAAGGAGACAAAGGAAUGCAGGGUGACCCCGGUCCAAAGGGAAUUAAAGGAUACCCUGGAAUACCUGGCCUACCUGUAAGACCUCCAGGGGACUCGGGUUUACGUGGCUUUCCAGGACCCCGGGGUGACCAGGGAUUUCCAGGCUUUCCAGGACCUCCCGGCCAACCAGGACCUGAGCGUUUUGGUCCAGGUCUUCAAGGUCCUCCUGGGCCCAAAGGUAUAAAAGGAGAAGUGGGUGACGCAGGCUUACCACCCACUGGUUUUGACGUUUUCCCAGGACCCCCUGGCCCCCCAGGACCCAGUGGCCUUCCUGGACCUCAAGGCCCUCCAGGUGACUCUGAAGGACUACCAACUGCUCCCCCUGGAGACCGCGGGCGGCCUGGUCCAAUAGGAUUUCCAGGAAAUAUUGGUGCCAAAGGGUUUAGAGGUGACCCCGGUGACUGCAGAUGUUCAGGAGGAGACUUCUCGGGGUUAGUUGGACCACCUGGACGUCCAGGAACCAAUGGCAGUCCUGGCUUCCCUGGAGGGAAGGGUUUUCCUGGAGACCCCGGUUCACUAGGCUUCAGUGGUCUUCCAGGACCUAGUGGUCCUCCUGGUCAGCGGGGCUUCCCCGGGCGUAAGGGAGAGAAGGGGACUCCAUAUUACCCCACCCUAAAUCUGGGGUCGAAGGGAGAUAUAGGAGAUCCUGGACCCAGAGGACCUACAGGUGAAACAGGAAGUCCUGGAAGAGACGGACUGCCUGGCUUCCCUGGAUUUCCCGGACCCCCUGGUGAUGCAGGCAUCGGCUCAAGGGGAGAAAAAGGAUUCCAAGGGUUUCCAGGUUCUAAGGGACGUCCUGGAGGCCCUGGUGAGCCGGGCAUUGGCUACGAUGGAGCACCCGGCUUGCGUGGAGACCCUGGAGAACCUGGUAUACCUGGUUUGCCAGGGCCACCUGGUUCACCUGGAGAGAAAGGUGAAAGCAUCUGUGAAGGGCUUAAUGACGCCGAAGAGGGACAGGGACAAACUCUGCCUUGCGUAUUUACGGGUGAGGCCGGAGACCCAGGCGAUGCCGGUUUCCCUGGACAACCAGGUCCUAAAGGUAAAGCAGGGCUGCAAGGGCCCUCUGGACGUCCAGGGUUUGAUGGCCCCAAAGGAGAAAGAGGAGACCCCGGCACCGGAGGCGUGCGUGGACCUGAAGGUUUCACUGGACCCAGAGGGGACCCUGGUAUUCCAGGUAUCCCAGGGCAGAGUUUUGACGGGCCCAGGGGUAAGGACGGUGUCCCAGGCCGUCCUGGAGCCAAGGGCCAGCCUGGAGAGGUGCUAGGAGCUACACCUGGAUUUCCUGGACGGAACGGUUUACCAGGAAUUCCUGGAGACAAGGGCCAGCCGGGAACUCCUGGAGGACCCGGAAUCCCUGGAUUUGAUGGACGUCCUGGUGCUCCUGGUCGAAAAGGAGAACGCGGAGUUGACGGUAAUCCUGGCCUUCCUGGGCUUCCAGGUGACCCAAAUGGUGGCAUUCCUGGUCGACCUGGCCCUGAUGGUAUCAAGGGUCUGAGAGGACCACCAGGUUUCCCUGGUCGGAAAGGAGAGAGAGGAGACCCAGGUUUCCCAGGGCCUGCUGGGAUGAAAGGAACUCCCGGACGACCUGGUACUUCUGGGUUACCAGGAGCAAGGGGACGCCCCGGUUUACCAGGACCAGGAACUAUAGCUGGAAUUCCAGGAACGCCAGGAAGAAAGGGUGACAGAGGCUUCCAAGGAAUGAUGGGCUUCCCUGGGUUCCCAGGACGUCCUGGCAGCUCAGGAUUUCCCGGAGUAAAAGGACAGCCUGGAGUGCCUGGAGCAAAUGGACGCACUGGGUCGCCUGGAUUCUUUGGAACUAAAGGUGACAGAGGAUUACCUGGUCCACCCGGACUUCCUGGUGGACCUCUUCCAUCUCAGCUUGUACAGAAAGGAGACAUCGGAGACCCUGGAAGACCCGGCUUUUCUGGCUUUACUGGACCCAGAGGUGACAAGGGUCAGCCAGGUGCACCUGGUCGUCCGGGACGACCUGGAGUUCCUGGUUUCCCUGAUCUGAGUAAAGGGCUCCUGGGAGAACCUGGCCUUUCUGGGGAACCAGGACUUCCAGGCUUCUCUGGACAAAAAGGAGAAUCUGGAAUUAUGGGAUUCCCCGGCACUGUGGGACCAAAAGGCAAUAUUGGCUUUCCGGGUUUACCUGGAAGGCCUGGAGAAGUUGGUCGGCCUGGUGCCAAAGGACUACCUGGAGAAACUUUUGGUUAUCCUGGAGCACCAGGACUUAAAGGCCGGCAAGGAGAUUCAGGGAUCCCAGGCGACCAAGGGAAAGUUGGUGAACCUGGCGAUAAUGGGUUUCCAGGAAAUCCAGGUUUCCUCGGGCAGAAGGGGAUUCCUGGUGAACAGGGACGGUAUGGAAUAAUGGGCUCUCCUGGUUUCCCUGGACCAAAGGGUCAGCCUGGAUUGCCAGGAAUAGGAAGAGGACCUGAUGGGGUUCCUGGUCUGCCUGGAUUCCCUGGAAAUCGUGGGUUUAAAGGUCUCCCUGGACUGGAUGGACAGAAUGGUCUUCCUGGCCCACCUGGGUUACCUGGUACAAUUGGCCCUCCCGGCAUUCCCGGCGUCGGCCGCAGCCACAGCAUCGGCUACACUCUGGUGAAGCACAGCCAGAGCCCCCAGGUUCCCAUGUGUCCUCAAGGCAUGGCCAAACUGUGGGAGGGCUACAGUCUGCUGUAUGUAGAGGGGCAGGAGAAGGCACACAACCAAGACCUCGGUCAGCCGGGGUCGUGUCUCCCCAGGUUCAACACGAUCCCCUUCCUCUACUGCUCGCCCAGCGAGAUUUGCUACUACGCUAGCCGCAACGAUAAAUCCUACUGGCUCUCCACGACCGCACCCAUACCCAUGAUGCCCGUGGAAAAGGAGGAGAUAAGACCUUACAUCAGCAGGUGUUCAGUAUGUGAGGCUCCAUCUCAGGCAGUGGCGGUCCACAGUCAGGAUAUGACAAUCCCCAGCUGUCCUCCCGGCUGGAGGAGUCUCUGGAUAGGAUACUCCUUCCUAAUGCACACAGCAGCUGGUGCUGAGGGUGGCGGUCAGUCCUUGGUGUCUCCCGGCUCCUGUCUGGAGGACUUCCGGGCGACUCCGUUCAUCGAGUGCAAUGGCGCCAGGGGCACCUGCCACUACUUUGCCAAUAAAUACAGCUUCUGGCUGACAACCGUGGAUCCCAAUAAUGAGUUUACCUUCUCGCCAGACAAGGAGACCCUGAAGGGAGGCCAGGAGCGCUUCAGAGUCAGCCGCUGCCAAGUGUGCAGCAAACUCUUGUAG